ACAACCAAAUUUCUUUCUCCUUUCUUCCCUCUUUCAACUCUCUUUCUUUUCCAUUUCAAACAACUUUCAAUUUUCACCAAUACCUUCCUUUCCUCUCCAUCUUCUUCAUAAUUGCUUUCUUUUUUAUCCCUCUCCUCAACACUCUUGCUUUCCCAAUUUCUCUUCUCUUCCAGUUUUGUGGGUUUUCUUAUUAUGCAGCUUCUCACCCGCCAUUUCUUCUUACUGGUAUGCUUCUCUUUCCAUUUCGUUGUUGUUGUUUUUGGUUUAACUUCAGAUGGGUUGGCCUUGUUAUCACUCCAAAGCCGCUGGACUACUCAUACCUCCUUUGUCCCUGUUUGGAAUGCCUCUCAUUCCACUCCCUGUUCUUGGGCUGGGAUUGAAUGUGAUCAAAACCUCCGUGUCGUCACCUUCAAUCUCUCUUUCUAUGGGGUUUCGGGUCACCUUGGACCUGAAAUUUCAAGUUUGACUCAGUUGCGUACUAUUGAUUUGACCACCAACGAUUUCUCUGGUGAAAUUCCUUAUGGGAUUGGUAACUGUAGCCAUUUAGAGUACUUGGAUCUCUCCUUCAACCAAUUUAGUGGACAAAUUCCUCAGUCAUUGACCCUCCUUACGAACUUGACGUUUUUGAACUUCCAUGAAAAUGUUUUAACUGGUCCAAUACCCGACUCCUUAUUUCAGAAUCUUAAUUUCCAGUAUGUGUAUCUUAGUGAAAACAAUCUCAACGGUUCUAUCCCUUCAAAUGUGGGGAAUUCGAAUCAGCUGUUGCAUUUGUAUCUGUAUGGAAAUGAGUUUUCUGGUUCCAUACCUUCUUCCAUAGGGAACUGUAGUCAAUUGGAGGAUCUUUAUUUGGAUGGGAACCAGUUGGUGGGAACAUUGCCUCAUAGUCUUAACAAUCUUGAUAAUCUUGUUAAUCUGGGUGUAAGCCGAAACAAUCUCCAGGGUCCAAUUCCUUUGGGUUCAGGAGUUUGUCAGAGUUUAGAAUAUAUAGAUUUGUCAUUCAAUGGUUAUACAGGAGGUAUACCUGCCGGGUUGGGCAACUGUAGUGCCCUAAAAACCUUACUUAUUGUAAAUUCCAGUUUAACAGGUCAUAUUCCUUCCUCCUUUGGCCGCCUAAGGAAGCUUUCACAUAUUGAUCUCUCUAGAAAUCAACUGUCUGGGAAUAUACCUCCUGAAUUUGGGGCUUGCAAAUCCUUGAAAGAAUUGGAUUUGUACGAUAACCAACUCGAGGGACGUAUCCCUAGUGAACUGGGCUUGCUAAGUAGAUUAGAGGUCCUUCAAUUGUUUUCAAACCGGUUGACUGGUGAAAUUCCAAUUAGCAUCUGGAAGAUUGCAAGUCUCCAACAGAUUCUUGUGUAUGACAACAACCUUUUUGGGGAAUUACCCUUGAUAAUAACAGAACUCAGGCACCUCAAAAUCAUUUCUGUGUUCAACAAUCAUUUUUCUGGAGUCAUACCUCAAAGUUUGGGACUCAACAGUAGCUUAGUGCAGGUGGAGUUCACCAAUAAUCAGUUCACUGGUCAAAUUCCACCUAAUUUAUGCUCUGGAAAGACAUUAAGGGUGCUAAAUUUAGGUUUGAAUCAAUUUCAAGGAAAUGUACCUCUUGAUAUUGGAACUUGUUUGACUCUUCAGAGAUUAAUUUUAAGAAGGAAUAAUCUAGCAGGGGUUCUGCCAGAAUUUACGAUAAAUCACGGUCUUCGAUUCAUGGAUGCCAGUGAAAAUAACCUCAAUGGAACAAUUCCCUCAAGUUUGGGAAAUUGCAUCAAUCUUACCUCAAUUAAUCUUCAAAGCAACAGGCUUUCAGGCCUUAUACCUAAUGGAUUGAGAAAUCUUGAGAAUCUUCAAAGUUUGAUUUUGUCUCAUAACUUCUUGGAAGGACCUUUGCCAUCUUCCCUCUCAAAUUGCACGAAGCUGGAUAAAUUUGACGUAGGAUUUAAUUUAUUGAAUGGUUCUAUACCUCGUAGUUUAGCCAGCUGGAAAGUUAUAUCCACGUUUAUAAUUAAAGAGAAUCGAUUUGCUGGAGGUAUCCCGAAUGUAUUAUCAGAACUUGAAAGCCUUUCACUACUAGAUCUUGGUGGCAAUCUGUUUGGAGGUGAAAUCCCUUCAUCUAUUGGAAAUUUGAAGAGUCUGUUUUACUCCCUGAAUCUUAGUAACAAUGGGUUAAGUGGCACACUACCUUCUGAGCUGGCGAAUCUUGUCAAGUUACAGGAAUUAGAUAUAUCUCACAAUAAUUUGACUGGAAGUUUAACUGUCCUUGGCGAACUAAGUUCGACAUUAGUUGAGCUUAACAUUUCAUAUAAUUUUUUCACCGGUCCAGUGCCACAAACAUUAAUGAAGUUAUUGAAUUCUGAUCCCUCAUCGUUCUUAGGUAACCCUGGGUUGUGCAUUAGUUGUGAUGUACCAGAUGGUCUAAGUUGCAAUAGAAAUAUCAGUAUUAGUCCUUGUGCUGUUCAUUCAAGCGCCCGUGGUAGCUCUCGACUUGGAAAUGUACAGAUUGCAAUGAUAGCUCUGGGGUCUUCACUUUUUGUUAUUCUUUUGCUUCUUGGGUUGGUUUAUAAGUUUGUUUAUAACAGAAGAAACAAGCAAAACAUUGAGACUGCUGCUCAAGUCGGAACAACUUCCUUGCUCAACAAGGUAAUGGAGGCCACCGAUAAUUUAGAUGAACGUUUCGUCAUUGGAAGAGGAGCACAUGGAGUUGUUUAUAAGGUCUCCCUGGAUUCAAAUAAAGUUUUUGCUGUAAAGAAGCUUACAUUUUUAGGACAUAAAAGGGGAAGCCGGGAUAUGGUUAAAGAAAUUAGAACUGUCAGCAACAUCAAGCACCGGAACUUGAUCUCUUUGGAAAGUUUUUGGUUGGGAAAAGAUUAUGGUCUAUUGCUUUACAAAUACUAUCCAAAUGGGAGCCUUUAUGAUGUGUUGCACGAGAUGAAUACAACUCCAUCUCUCACAUGGAAAGCCCGCUAUAAUAUAGCGAUCGGUAUUGCUCAUGCAUUGGCAUAUCUCCAUUACGAUUGUGAUCCUCCCAUUAUACACCGAGACAUCAAACCACAGAAUAUACUUCUAGAUUCGGAGAUGGAACCUCAUAUCGCCGACUUUGGUCUUGCAAAGCUAUUGGAUCAAACUUUCGAACCCGCGACUUCAUCUUCUUUUGCGGGUACAAUUGGCUACAUUGCACCAGAGAAUGCAUUUUCAGCAGCAAAGACCAAAGCCUCAGAUGUGUACAGUUAUGGGGUGGUUUUACUGGAGCUGGUGACGGGAAAGAAGCCAUCAGAUCCAUCAUUUAUAGAAGUCGGGAAUAUGACGGCUUGGAUUCGGUCGGUUUGGGGAGAAGAGAAUGAAAUAGAUAGAAUUGUUGAUCCAAGGCUUGAGGAAGAACUUGCUAAUUUGGAUCAUAGGGAGCAGAUGAAUCAGGUGGUUCUUGUGGCUUUGAGAUGCACAGAAAACGAGGCUAACAAAAGACCUAUAAUGAGAGAGAUUGUGGAUCACUUGAUUGAUUUAAAGAUCAGUCGUUAGAGCACACAUGACUAACCAUGCUUUUUCCUUCUACCCUAAACAUUUCUUACAAAUAACCGAAUGUGAUCGUUUAUUAUUAGGAUAGUAUAAUAGUGUCCAUCACUAUAUUUUUGUAUUUUUGUAUAUUGCUGGUCCGUAUAUAUUUAGUGUAUGUUUGAGAACGUUUUGAAGUAAUUUUGAAGGGUAUCAUGUUAAUCGAUCUAAUCUUUUAUUUUA